AUGUCGACCUCGUUGCGCCUCGCCAACCGCACUCUAGGCAAAUCCGUCUCCACACGCGCAGCAUCGUGCUCGUCACCGCUUUACAAGUCUCGCGUCUUCCGUCAACAGCGCUUUUACUCCUCGCAAGAACCUCGCACCGGCGGAUCGCAAAUCAAGUUCUGGCCUUUUCUUGCGCUUAUUGGAUUGGGUACGGCGGGAUAUAUUCAACUGGCAAACACUCGUGUCAAAAACAUGCCUCCUCCCGCGACCGAAGUUGCCGCGCCUGCUGCGCAGCUUUCCCAGACCACGCCGGUCUUUGAUCCCGCUGAUGUGACUGUUGUCUUCGUGCUCGGCGGCCCGGGUGCUGGAAAGGGCACGCAAUGCGCCAGGCUCGUUGCUGAGCAGGGCUUCACCCAUCUCUCCGCCGGCGACCUAUUGCGCGAGGAGCAGAACCGACCCGGCUCCCAGUUUGGCCAAUUGAUCAAGGACUACAUCAAGGACGGCCUCAUCGUCCCCAUGGAAGUGACCAUCAAGCUGCUCGAGAACGCCAUGACCGACGCCCUCCGCCAAAAGGGCACCACCAAGGGCCGCUUCCUCAUCGACGGCUUCCCCCGCAAGAUGGACCAGGCGCACAAGUUUGAGGAGGCCGUCUGCCCCGCCAAGCUCGUCCUGUUCUUCGACUGCCCCGAGAAGGUGAUGGAGGAGCGCCUACUGGAGCGUGGCAAGACGAGCGGCCGGACUGACGACAAUGCCGAGAGCAUCCGCAAGCGCUUCCGCACAUUUGUCGAGACGAGCAUGCCUGUUGUGAACUUUUACGAGGGCGAGGGCAAGGUCAUCAAGGUUGAUGCUACGCCUACUCCCGAGAACGUGUUUAAGACUACGAACAAGCUUCUUACAGAGAAGCUGGCUUCUUCUUAG